ACACACACACACACACACACACACACACACACACCUACAGACACGUACACACAUAAAGGCAUCAUCAUCCCAGCGACUGGCAUCCGAGCAAUGUCCGAGCAGCUCGUGGUAGAAGAAUAUGGACACAGAGCCUCGGAGCUAAGACCAGAGAUGUAGGAGUCAGGAUGCCCCGGCACCGUGUGUGGCGUUUGCUCCUCUUCCUGCUGUCGGUGGUCGCUGUUCAGGAUCUGGCUUUGGCCAAAUCUCUGCCGGAUCAGGGAGCGUUUGAAGUCCAAAUAAAAGUCCAGAUCUUUGACAGCAGUGACUUGUCACCAUUGGCCGACGCAGAGGUGCAAGUCCAUGGCAACCAAACCAUCCUUGCAUCAAGCAGAGCUGGCAGUGAUGGUGUGUUGAGAGUCAGUUUCCAGUACCGUGUAGGAACAUGGGUCAUCAUCACUGCCUCUAAACAGGACUACGUCACCAACUCUGUACCCUGGCACUCCAGCCGCAUCCCCCUGUACGCUUCUGUCAGCUUGUACCUCCUUGUCCAGAGACCAGGAACUCUCAUCCUUUAUGAUGACGUCCUGCAGGUCCUGUCUGGGUCACCAGGUGCUCGUAAUCAACCGCUGGUGCAGCUGCAGAGGAAGUCCCUCCAGCUGCCGUCCAACUCCAACUACACUUCACUGUCUGCUGUGAUGACCCCAGCCAGGAGUCAGUAUGAGAUCGGUGGAUUCCCAUUUCUCCUGGGCCAGGAGACCAACAGCUCAGGUGCAGAGACUGGUUGGACUGAGUUGACAGCAGUGGCAGUGGUCAGCGUCCAGCUCUUUGACAAGGACGGAGCUGAAAUCCAGGUCUCUGAUCCGGUCCACAUCUCUGUGCCACUGCCCUCUGACACCCGCCACAGGAUGGUGACCAGCAUACCUGCUUGGCUGUUUCAGCCUAAGACAGGGUUGUGGGUGAAACAUGCAGUGGGCUACAUCAAAAAGGAUGGGCCACAGUAUGUCUGGAAUGUUGUGGUUCCUCAGAUGGGAUACUGGUUGGCCGCCUUUCCAUCGUCGUCAGGAUUAGGUCUGUCUCACCCAGGCUUGAGGGACAUCACCACAUAUCACACCCUGUUCCUGCUGUCCAUCUUGGGUUCCCUGGCAUUGUUGGUGCUCAUCCUGCUCUGUGUUCUGCUCUACUACUGCAGGCGCAGGUGUUUAAAACCUCGUCGACAGCAGGGCAAACUCCACACCUCCAACCUAAAUGGAGCAAAGAGAGACCAAGGUACCUCCAUGUCACGCCUAAAUUUAAUCUGUGGAGGCCACGCUGAGUCCGGUCCAUCCAAUGACAAGUCAGAUAUGUCCCCUUCUCGAGAAUACCGUAAUUCAAGGGAGGACCUGACCAAACAUGUUCCAGCUAACAUGCUGCGACACGCCAAGGGGAAAAAUCCCUCGGGUCCCCAACGAGGAGAGAGUUUCCCCCUGAAGGUGACACGUGCCACAGAGACCAACAACUUGGACAACCCUCUGCUCCUUGAAGACUACAAUCGGAGCUACAGUGCCAUGGAAGGCAAAGAAUCAGAGUACCACAGACACCACAGUGCCAAUGACAAUCGAGGCUACGCCUCUGAUCCCCCGUCGCCUCCUCGCUUCCAGGGAUAUGUGCCAAGCCAGUCUGACAAACCUCCAGAAUACUCCGCCUCAGCAGCCGACAGCCUGGCUCGACCCACUUCACUGAACACCCAACCAGGUCAGAUCAUCUUUUGCAGCUCCAUUGACCAGAUGAAGGAGAACAUGUACCGCAGUAUGGUGCCAACACUGGUCAUACCAGCACACUACAUGCGUCUGCCGUCUGAGUUUUCCGGAAAAGAUGGGAAAGAUCAGAAAGAACAGGAUAAAGAUGGCGGACAGAUGGGAGGAGGUCAGCAGCAUCAUCACCACCACACACAGAAGCAAGGCCAGCAACAACUGCAGCAGCAGCAAGGUGGUUCGCAAGGGGAUGACUCUGAGGAACCAAGCUGGGCUUCAGACUCCUCUGGUGGACCUGUGACAAUCCCUGUGCUCUUCAACGAUUCCACCAUGGCUCAGAUGAAUGGAGAGCUGCAGGCGUUGACAGAGAAGAAGCUCCUGGAGCUGGGUGUCAAACAACAUCCUCGAGCAUGGUUCAUCUCCCUUGACGGUAGAGCUAAUGCUCACGUGCGCCACUCCUACAUAGAUGUUGGAAACGACCUCAGUGGUGGUGGUGGAGGUAUUGGAUUUGGAAGUGGUUCUAGCAGCACUCCGCGAGACAUUAAUCUCGAGUCUGCUCUGGAUGUCCACGGACGGAAGUCAGGAAUGAACCAGAAGGGAAAAGAUGAGCGGUGGGGAGGUCGGAAAGGCCAUGGUCUUAGCAGCACAGGUGUGAAGAACUACUCCAAGCUGGCCUACCCCGACCACAGUGAGCCCAGCAGCAGUGAGGGACGUCCUGUGUCACCGGAGGAGAACUCCCUCACCCCUCUGCUAGAUGAAGGUCCAUCCUCACGUGGCUCUACCAUCCCUAGAAGAGGACGUAGUCGUGUGAACAGCGGCCGCAGCAGCAAUAGUGAGAACCGCCGCGAUUCCAUGACCAGCCCAGAGGAUGAUCCAGACGACAAAGACGAGAACAAGAAGAGUCCGUGGCAGAAGAUUGAAGACAGGCCUCUCAUGGUUUUCCAUCCAAGGAAGUGAGGUUUUUAAGGGUCUUCACAAAUGCGAGUCUUUACACAUAAAAGACAUGAUGAGAUCCUGAUAAGCACAACCAGACUGGACUGGUCUGAUUUCAGGUUGUGGUUAGAUCUUUGUGUUUGUGGAGAAGGUCCAAGCAGCUCCUAGUAACAGUCAUUGUCUCCAUGUCAGUUAAUUCCACUGGUUUCCUCCACAUCACCUGUUGUAAAGUGAACGAAUCCUUAUCCCCUGUCACAUCACUGACCUUUGGUCUGAGCCAUUGCAUCUGCUGACUGUGGAAAUAGCCAUUUUUGAGGAAAGAAUAUAACGAUGAAGCACUUCCUAAAAAUUGAGAACUAAUCGACAAAUAGUUACCAUGUGUUUGGGAGUAGAUAGAAUUUUAUAGGAUUAUAGGAUCAUUGAUGGAUUAUGAUGUGAAUUAACAUGUGACAUGUUAAACUUGAGGCUAAUGUUAGCGGUCGAAAGUUUGUGCCUCUCUUUGAUGGACUGCACCCUUUUUUUUAAAUUUUAACACAUUCUUCUUUUUCAAAGACAUUCCCACACACAUGUCCUUGUAGGGAACCUCACCCUUAUGUUUGAAUCCCUUUUUUUCCUGACACCCUGUGACGAGAUGUGCUAUAAAACCCAACACUGCUCCUUCGGGGACAUUUGUGACUUCUUCUUCCUCCUGUACCAUGUUGUAAUGAUUUUCAUUGUAAAGCAUCAGCCUCAAGUCUGUCCUCUUCUCCUGUUUCUAUUUAAUACAGUGAUCUGCUGUAAUAACUCUGCCAAAAGUAUGCAUUUCUGCCUUUCCCUGAUGAUGCCAGGAGUUUUUGGGACAACACGACUGCAGGUUUCCUGUUGUGUAAAUAGAGGCCCUGACAUUUGGAAGACCAUAUUGUAUAGAAAAGUUGCAUGCAUAUGAAUGUAUGAUCGAAACAAAAGGCACCCACAGCCCUUCACACCAGAGUUUUCAGCCUUUGUGGAGAAAAUCUUGAUGCCAAGAAUUUUUCUUAUUUUAAAUGAUUUACACAGAAAAAAAAAACAUUUUUGUAUAGAAAUGCCUGAUUAUUAUUAUUCUCAUAGACCACAUAUGCGAAAAUUAAUUUAGCAUUCUGGUUGCAAAUGUUGGCUGCAAAUAGAAGGCCAGGAAAAUGCUCUGUUGGUUUGGGAAGUACGUAGGUGGGGAAAACAUGGUCGUGAAGAUGAAGGUCACAGUCACAACUUUUGGCUCUUUUUCAAUAGAACAUACACGUAAUUUUAAUAGAAUCAAAAAUAUAGACUGAAGCAUAAUCCAACCAAUCACAUACACAGUCCUCAUGACUGUGUAUGUGAUUGGUUGCAGAAAGAAAUUGUGAAAUCUCCAAAAUCAUAAGACCUAAAAGUAGCAGUCGAGACCAUUGAGACCAACAGUUAAGGAAAAGGAUGACUGGAAGUUGAGAGGAACAGAUGAUGCACAGCUUUGCUCUGUAACAUUCGAUCAGUGAUAGUUCCUGGCGCUUCACCAAUAGCUUUGUUCAUUUCUUAUCUGUGGUCCGUGACUCCGCUCUGAUCUGAGCAGCAGGGCCUGGACUACUUUUCUCCUGUAAGUGCCUUUUUCUCAUAGGAUUGAGUGAUAGGCGUGCAGGUCCCCUUUCAAACGUUAGUCAACACCUAAUGCAAUGUAAACUGAUAGGCACUAAUAAGCACACUGCAUUGUGAUUACUCCAACACGCGUCACUCUGGGGAGCAUGUCUGCCAAAACUUUUCUUGCAGCUUUUUCAUUCUUAAAUUUUUUUUUAUUAUAUCUAUACCCUUUUUUCCAGCCAACUUGUAAAUGGUCUGAUGAACUUUAUGAGGUUUUCACUGUAUACACUAUGUUGUGCAUGUAAUCUGUAGAAUAGCUCUGUUUUUGAUGAAACAUUUUGUAGGUGAUGAUAACGAGGAUGUUUGGCACAAAAUGUGAUGCACUGACGCAUUGAAUUGUGUUUCCAAAUUAACAUGGUAGUGUGCGAUGAUGUACAUUGGACCUUUUCUCCCCUCCUGAUCCACUUCUAAUAAGAUUCACUUCCGGUCGUAAAUGUUUACAACGACAUACUGACCAACAUUCACAUCCCUGCUGUUGUUGUUAGCAUCACUGCCGUCGACGCAUUGACAACUGUGAACUCCAGUAAUGUCAGUCAGCAGAUCUGUAAAAGCUUGUGUGCUUCAAAAACUUGAAGAGGUUUUUGUUCUUUGUUUCGCUGCACAGUAUAUGAUUUGGGGUUAAAAUCUGAAAGCUUGUACAAAAAUCCUUCUGACUCUCUGCUCCUCUGUGCCAUUUGCUUGCUGUUCAUAAGCCUGUUUCCGUCGCUGAAGUCUAAUAAUUGUAGAGCCCUGAAAGGAUUCCCGCUGAACUGUUGUGUACACCGCUGUACUUUGAACCAGAUAUUGAUUUAUUAUUGAAUUACUAUUGGGUUGUGCAAUUGUUGUUUUCAUUUUGUGUUAACUGAGAGAUCUGUGUGUUUCCUUGAUAGACUGUAAACUUGUAUUGUGCCGGUUUCAGAGAGGGUUUGUUCAUGCCGAUUUACAACCAAGAUGAACUCUGACCUCUUGAAACCUGGAAAAUAUGAUUUCAUAGUGGAAUACAUGUCCAGUGGAACAAAGUGUAGGCCUUUGUCCUGUGCAGAACACCAUUUGCUUUAGUCAGUUGUUUGUAAACUGUAAAUCAAUUCUUUCUGUACACGAGACAAAUAAAUCAAUUUGUUCCCACA